UCCUAACAAUUUCUCAAGUGGCUCCCUCUAAGAUAAAAGUAUCCUUCUUCUUAAGCGUUGAAUUGUGUUGAUCAUAAUACUGGAUUUGUCAACGUUGCCAUGGUAGUUGCUUGCAAUAAUAAACCUAAUAUCCGGAUUCGUCUUCAAACAGAAAUAAUGCAAGGUGUGAACAAAGUAUUUUGGAUAGCUUGGAAUAUAACAUGAACGACUUACUUCUGCGACUUACUUCUGGAAAUCAUCAGCAUUACUUUCCAUUUUUAUCCUAUAAAACGUAUCGAUAAUGUCUUAUUUUUGUGGGACUCUAUCCGAUGAUAAAGAGGAUACUAUGGAGAAGCAUGGUGUGGUUAAGCAUAGUAAACAGAAGGGAAGAACUACCGAUGAGAUCGAACCGGUUCAUGGAUUAACCUAUUGUCGUAGGAAAGCUACUAAAACGCGUCAUUCUAAUAAAGGGAAAGUUAAGUUGGACGAUUUAUCGUUCAACGAUAAGAGCGAUGAUAAAAUAAGUUCUCCGAAAAGUAAGAGCAGGCGUCAUCUUCGUAAAGAGAUUGAAAGACUGAUGGAAGAGAAUCAUAUGUUACUGAUAAAAUUAGAAGAUUUCAAUGCAACGUCAGACAAUAGAGAGGAACAGAAGGAUAAAGAUAAAUUAAUAUUUAAAAUACGCGAUAAGUAUCACAAAUUAGCACAGGAAUAUGAACGUGUUCAACAGCAAUGCGAAGAAUCCAAUGUUCUUUUGAAGCAAAAAGAAACGGAAUAUAGACAAUUGCACGUUCAUCAUGAAGAAUCCACUCAGGUUUUCCAACAAUUAGAAAAAACAAAAGAUAGUUUAUUAAAUCUUAAUCAGAAAUUAAAAUCUGAAAAUGUUCAAUUAAAGGAAGACAUCGUGCUUCUGAAAAAAGUAAUUUAUCAAUUAAAUACAGAAUUAGAAAGGUAUCAGGACAAACUCAGGUUAUGUGGACAAGUUAUACCUUUGCAAUAUAGUACUAGCACAAUGAACGACGUAGAAAUAUCUAGAGAAAAUAAAAAAAUGUUAGAAUCUUGGGGCAAUGUAGAUCUACACGCUUUGGCUCCACUUUUAAAUGCUUAUCAAGAGAAUAUAACAGAAAAAAAAGAACUGAUAAGCAAGUACGAACAAGAACUCAAUGAUUUUACCGGCAGAUGUAAGGAAAUUAUUUCAGAAAACGAAUUUUUACAAAAGGAACUGGAAAAUUCUAAAUCGAAGUGUAAUAGGUACAUAGAAGAGAUAAAGCAAAUUUCAAACGACGCAGCUUUGAUCAAGGAACAAAAUGAUACAGUGACGCAGCAAGCUGUACAUCACAAACAGAAACUUCAAGAAUUACAAUCUUUGUACGAAAGGAAGAUAGAAUCUUUGACUCAAGAAAAUAAAAGUCUGCAUAAAGAAGUCGUAACUUAUAAAACGGAAUUAAGUAAUCUUCAAGGAAAAUAUAAAAUAGUAAAUGAAGGUUAUGAAAUGUUGAAAAGUAAUAGCGAUAAAACAAUGCCGGUACAUGUACAUGUUGCAGCAGUAGAUGAAUGUAAAAGAUUGUUCGAAGAAUUGAAAUUGCAGUACGAAUCGGAGAAAAAAAAACUAACUACUCGUAUCAAACAAUUGGAGGAAUCUCUACCGGACAAUGAGAAACAACUCGUAACAGUAACAGCGGAGCGAAAUCAUUUAAAAAAUCUAACGAAAACGUUAGAACGCGAUCUAAAACGUACUCAGCAUAAAUUAACGAACGUACAAAAUAUAGUAUACUCCAUACAAAUUUCACGCGACUCGUUCAAAAGACAAUUGAAUAAAACCACUGCGUAUUGCGAAAAGUUAGUAUCAGAAUACGAAAAAGUUAUAUCCGAGAAAGAAAAACUAACGAAUUUGUUACAUGAAAGAGAGAAAGAAAACGCGGAUAUUCAAUACAUAGGCGAUAGUAUCGCUCAUAGAGUGGGUAACUUAAAAAGUCAAUUGAACGCUGUACAGAAGGACGCGAAGGAUCAAUUGGCAAUGGUGGAAAGGCAUAUAAGAAUACACGAAGUUGGAACUCAUCAAUUGAAAUCUGAAUAUCGUCAAGAGGUACAACGGUUGAAACGUUUGCUUAAGCAAAAGGAUGACGUUAUAACUCAACUACGAAAAGAAAAAGAGAAACGAGCGUCUCAAGAAAAUAUUGAACUGGUUUGACAAUAUCGAGACCAUUGGCAAAAUGAUUUAAUUACCAGUUUAAUAGUUGGAAGGCUUAAGCAUAAUUUUAUUAUCAAAUUAUAUUGGUAAUUUAUACAAUUUGAUAUUUCACCUUUGAAUCGUAAAAUUACGAUUCCAUUUUUGCAAUCUGCAAUAGACGAACGUAACUAGUUAUUUACGAUCUUGCAAUGAACGUAAUUACAGUGAUUGCCUACGAAGUAUAGGCUUGUAUCGAAUUAGUAAUAUCGUUCAUUGAAUAAAAUUAAAUUCUCAUGCGUUCAA